AAUGCCACGUACUGGUUGACGUUUCCAGUUCGGACACUUCCUGAUGCUGCCGCCCGGGUCUAGCUAGGCUAGCUAACAGAUUGGAUUUUCACGGUUUGGGGAAACCUGUGAAAUACAGCGUGGUCACGUCGUUCAGUGGUGGGAGCAGAAGAGGUCGGACGGCACCAUGAACGGCCAGCUGGACCUGAGCGGGAAACUGAUCAUCAAAGCCCAGUUGGGCGAUGACAUCAGACGCAUCCCUAUCCAUAACGAAGACAUUACUUAUGAUGAGCUAGUGCUGAUGAUGCAGCGUGUCUUCAGGGGAAAGCUGCAGAGUAAUGACGAGGUUACCAUCAAAUACAAGGAUGAAGAUGAUGAUCUCAUCACCAUCUUUGACAGCUCCGACCUCUCCUUCGCCAUCCAGUGCAGUAGAAUACUCAAACUGACUUUGUUUGUGAAUGGUCAGCCGCGGCCUUUGGAGUCUAGUCAGGUCAAGUACCUGCGCAGGGAGCUCAUUGAGCUCAGGAAUAAAGUGAACAACCUCCUGGACAGCCUGGAGCCCCCCACAGAGCCCGGCCUGGCUGCUACAGCACCGGACAGUGAAUCAGUGGAUGGACGUGAAGGCAAAAUGGUGGCAGCAGACCACACAAUGAAACAUGCCACCCCAGUCAGCGCAGCCAGCAUGUCCGCCUUCGACCCAUUAAAAAAUCAGGACGAGGUCAGCAAGAAUGUCAUCUCUGCUUUUGGUUUGAGCGAGGACCAGGCUCCAGCUCCCCCAGCGGUUGCACCAGAGGAGCGCUCAGGAACCCCUGACAGCAUUGCCUCCUCCUCAUCUGCAGCCCCUCAGCCAGGAGUGCCCCCCCAACCACAGGCUCCCUAUCCUGGAGUACAGCAGGGCCCCCCAGCUGGCAUGGAUG